AAAAUCUGUAUGGAAAACACUCGUCUUAGGUGGGAUUUUCAUUUCAAGGGCCACCCUCUCUCUCUCACAUCAUCGUCUUCUCUGGGUCACUGGUUCUCGAUUGGCUUCCUCAAUUUUCUUUGAUAACUCAUCAAGAUUUAUCGCAGUUAUUAGCCAUGGAUUCUGAUUCUUGGGCCGCUCGUCUAUCUUCUACUUCCAGGCGCUAUCAAUCCGCUUCCCAGUCUCGAUCUGGGAUGAGAUGGGAGGGUAUCGAUUCGGAAAUGUUGAUAGGAUUCGAGGAAACAGACAUGGUCGAGGAUGAUGUCAGAGAGGAGUUUCCAUGCCCCUUUUGUUCUGAGUACUAUGAUGUCGUUGGAUUGUGCUGCCAUGUUGAUGACGAACACCCUGUUGAAGCCCAGAAUGGGGUGUGUCCGGUUUGCGCAACAAGGGUGGGGGUUGACAUGGUCGCACACGUCGUAUUGCAGCAUGGGAAUGUUUUCAAGAUAUCCUUUUUCCAGCAUGCAAUAAGAAAUUAUUCUCUUUUUGCUAUAUACUCCCUUCGUCUCGAAAUAAACUUUGGUGUUUGACUUUAUGAAAUAUAAAAAAAGUGUUUAGAAAAAUAAAUAGUGAGCGGUUGGAAUUCAUUUAGAGAAAAUAGAUUGUGUCGUGAACAACAUAUUUCAUUCUUUAAUAGGACAAAAGAGAAAUGGGAAGUUUUUUGGGACAACCAAAAAGAAGAAACUGUCAAGUUUAUUUUGGGAUGGUAGACACACACAUACACAUGCAUACAUAUAUUCCAUGGUCUAUUUUGGCUCAUUCAGAAAUGAGGGAGUGGUAUUUAGGAAAAUGCUAAAUUUUCAAUAAUGACUAGAUUUUGUGGAGAUUUUGUGGUUGAGUAAGGCAUUGGCUUGGUGUUCUAGUAUAUACUACCCCCCCUCCCCCCUCCCCCGGCUGGAUUCUAGCUGUCCAUUUUCUUAUUUUUGUUUGUCCGGAGUUAGUUUUUCACUUUUAGUAAUCAAUAUAAAAAAUAUGUUGAAUUGUCUAAAAUAUUCUUGAGAUAAGAGUAUGAGCAUUGUUGACUUGAAUUAAUGAAAAACUCAUUUUAAUGAUUUAUUUUUCUCUCUAAUCUCAUUUCAUUGAUUUAUUUUCUCUUUAUCUCAUUUCUUGAAAAUGAGAUCUUUUAGAAAGUGGGCCACUAAAUCCAGACAGAAGGAGUAGUUUUUUAGAAUCCUCCCUCUAUUGUAUGCUAACAUGUAUAGUUUGAACCUAAGUUUCUCAUCUUUCCUGAUCUUUAUAUAACAUACGGCUAUACGCUCUAUGUCCCAUGAUUUUUUUGUUUUAUACACUUUCCUUUUUAGUCCUUCCCAAAUUUAUGUUCACUCUCCCUACUAGAACUUUUCACAUUUCAAUUAUUGUUGUGAGCUCCUUGACCAGAGUUCUACAUGCAGCACAAGAGGAGAUCACGUAAAAGCAGUUCACAUUCGACGCUUUCAUUGUUGAGGAAGAAAUUGCGAGAAGGAAAUUUCCAGUCUCUCAUAGGAGGAGGGUCAUCUUCCUUUAUAGCAGCUCCUUCAAGUAGUGCUGCGCCAGACCCAUUGGCUUCAUUUAUUUUGCCAAUGUCGGAUGAUUUUGGGAAUGCCCAGUUACACUCUUCUCAUGAAGCCAACUCUGCUACGAAAAGCACAUCAGAAAAUGUUCCUGAAAGAAAACAACCUCCAUUAUCAGUGGAGGACAAAGAGGAGAGGACAAAGAGGAGCGAGUUUGUUCGAGGGCUGGUGUUGUCCACCAUUCUUCUCGAGAACUUAUGAAGGUACAUACCUCCACCCCCGCACUUGAAGGACUAUUUAUUCCCCAGCCGAAUGAACACCGCAGGACUUUGACCGGGUUCGCAACCCUCUUGUAUUUCUCUCGGACUAUGAUGAAAAUCCAACCACGGAAUAAGAUCUCUUAUGUGUUUUCUUCUGUCUUGUAGGGGAUGUUUAUUAGUCCUUAGGUUGCCAACUUGUGUAUGUGUAUUUGUAUUUGUUUCCAAUAUAAGUUAAUGCAUUGACAAUAUCGCCCCCCUCCUUAGACCCCCCCCACCCAACUUGAGAGACGUUUGUCAUUCGGUUGUUAUUGUUGUUGCAUUGACACUAUAAUAAAUAGACAUUUUAACACCUU